AUGCGAUUACUGUUUCUGUUAUCGCUUCUAGUUCCUGAUGCAGCUUGUGACAGUCACAGACUUCAGUAUUUUGUCACCACAGCCCCUGUACCUAUACCUGGGCUGCCUAAGUACUCGAUUAUUGGAUACAUUGAUGACAUGCCAUAUGCGAAAUAUACAAGUGAAACAGAGCGUGCUGAGAUAUUUUAUAAAUGGCUGGAUGAAAAAACUGAUCCUGAACACUGGAAGGAGAUGACUCAGCGAGCACAAAACUUUGAAAGAUAUCACAGAGAUAUUACUCGCUUGAUAAGAGUUCUGUUUAACCAGACAACUGAUAAACACAUACUCCAGGUAAAGCUUGAAUGUGAAUUACAUGACGAUGGCACCAUUAACGGAGGACUAGAGUUUGGUUAUGAUGGGGAGGAAAUCAUUGCGUUUGAUAAGGAGAGAGUCAUUUUUAUUCCUAUGCAUCAAGAGGCUCAAUACAUAACACAGAAGUGGAAUAUUGAUGGAAUGAUAAGAAAUAAGGAUCUAAUUGAACGUGACUGCAUAAGGUGGAUAAAAAUGUAUUUCAGACUUGGGCAGAAUAAGCUGGAGAGGAAAGUUCCCCCAAAAGUAGAAAUUUUUGAUCACCAAUCAGACACUGCGACAAAACUUCACUGCCUGGCAUACGGGUUUUACCCACGAGCUGUGGAUGCCAAGUGGGUGAAGAACAGUAAAGAUGAUGUUUAUUCAGAUGUUGCUAAACAAAUCCUCCCCAAUCCUGAUGGGACCUAUCAGAUUAGAGUCACAGUAGAGGUUAUUCCAAAGAAUGAAGACACUUACGGUUGCCAUAUUGACCACAGCAGCCUAAAUAACCCUAUGAUCGUGUUAUGGGUUACAGUCCUCUUUCCAUUUGAGAAGAGAACAUUUCUGAGGAAUUCGGCCCAGCGUCAGAGAUUUCCGCUAGGCCAGAGCAACCCAAGAGUUCUGGGAAGCUGGCUCAAUCCCGGAUUAAGUCCAAGCAGGGCAAGAAGCCCACCGAUUCCAAGUCGGCACGGAGGCAUGGCCCCCAAUCCUUUCCUGGAUGGCACCAUAAAGAAGGGAUUCCUUUCUGGGUUGUGUGUGGGAUAUGUCCUCCCUAGGACUCAUUGUCCCACUUCCUAUUGCAGAGAGAGGUUGGACAAACCUUCUUUUGGUCCUAGAAGGGGAAAGGAACCUUCCGUCCUUUUCUGGACCUACAGUGAUUUAGCAACUUUUCUGACUGUCACCUCGUUUGAGAUGGAGACAGAUGGUCUGGAGAAGGGCAUUUCUGCUAAUUUCUUGAGGGGACUGAUUUCAGCUUUGUCUGUUUUACAACAUAAGAGGAUUGCUGAGCUUCCAGAUGUGCAGUUCUUUGUUUAG